AUGAAUUAUAGAUCAAUUUAUUUUGCAAACGAAGAAGAUUCGACGAAUUAUAAGAACGAAUUAUCUAAUCGUGCUAAAUGGCUUAGAUCAUUGGUGCUGAAAGCAGUCAUUUCAAGUGUGAACAUGCGGUUAGCAGUCAAAACUUAUCAUUCAUCUGGUCAUUCCUAUAUUGCAUGGGAGAGGUGUAACGUCUCGAUUGGCGAUUCUUUCGCAUAUUCAAAAUUAUUUAAUCGUACAACUGAAGGCGAAGAUUCUGGCUAUUCGAUUAGCCCUAUUUUACACGGAAAUAUUCCAAGAAUGUGGGAGAUGAUUGAGUCACGGCCGCCAAAUGAAGGGAUUAAUAUACGAGUAUGUAGUUAUAAUGUUUUAUGUCAAAAUACAGCCAUGCAACAUGAAGUCAUGUACACACAUUUAAGCAAAAAUGCCAGUGCGUAUGCAUUACAAUGGUCUUAUCGAUCAUCUUUGCUUGCUUAUGAAUUGCUUAGGAUUAAUGCUGAUGUAAUAUGUUUGCAGGAAGUUCAAUUUGAUCAUUUCGAUAGCUUUUACAAACCCUUACUCAUUGAUGCCGGUUAUUUUUGCGAGUUUAAACAAAAAACGGGAUCUUUUAUUGAUGGAUGUGCUAUAUUUUAUAGGUCGAAAUUUGAUUGUUUGAAAUACAUACCUAUUGAAUAUUAUCUGGAUGAGAAUUGUGUUUUAAAUAGGCACAAUGUUGGUAUGCAUAUUUAUCUUGUUAUGAAUACUAAUUUAGUGAUUUGUCGUAAUAAUGUUCGUAGGCAAAUAAUGCGACUAAAAGACAAGCAGAGCGGAGCUGAAUUCUGUAUUGCUAAUACACAUCUGCUUUUUAAUAUGAAACGGGGUGAUGUUAAAUUUGCUCAGUUGGUAAUUCUUUUAGCAACUUUGGAUAAGGAAUGUGGUCCGAAUGCUGACAAACCUAGUCCUCUUAUUAUCUGCGGAGAUUUCAAUUUGCCAUCGGGUUGUCCUAUUUAUAACUUUUUAUUGGGGCAUCCUUUACUACUCGCAAAAUUUUGUAAUGCACGUCUUGUUGAUCAGUAUGCGAAACAUAGUCGUCAUUCUUCUUAUGAUAUCAUUUCUGAAAAACUAAAAAUUGGACAAAAUUGUUGCUUUUUCGAAAAUAUAGAUAAAACGGUUCAAUCUUCGAAUGAAUUUCGAACUCAUUCUUUCAAAUUGGCUGACGCUUAUGCUUCGUUGGUUCCUCAGCAAGAUAGACGCAAUAAUUUAAUGAGGGCAAGAAUUUUCGAAAGCAGAUUGCAUUUAUAUCGACGUCUGACUCUGCCAACAUUGAAUUCACUUCAUUCUACGUCAAGUCCCUGGCCUAAUGCAACAACUCCUUCAGAUCAUAUUCCUUUGAUUGUGGAUUUCAUUUUAAGUAUUUAA